CCUAAUCUUUGCCGUCACUUGUGGACUAGAGAACAUGCCGUGGAAAAGCUAUCUACAUUCUACCAGCUGACUGUGCAUCUGCAUAUAGCUGGAAUUUUUUUUUUUUUUUGACGAGGAGUAGAGUUUCAUUAAUGAAAAUAAAACCAUACACAGUGUACAGAGAUGAGUUGCAACACUCAAAAGGAAGGAAAAUCCAAGAGAAAGGCAAACAACAGGUGCAAAAAGAGAGAGCCCAGCAGAAAAAGCCCAAUCAACAAUCUGGAAGGGAACCCAAAGCCUACACCCGAAGAAAACCUAGCCCCAAAGCCUACACCCGAAGAAAACCUAGCCCAAAGAAACAUCAAUCAGCCAGAAGGCCGCCGCAAACAUCCCCACCCAGCAACCCUUCUUAAGCACCCUUCAUGCCGUCGGAGACUUCAUACGCCGGAAGGAGAGAAAAACUGGCACAACCACCAGAUCAUCAGCACCUGCAAGGCUGGAUGAAGAACAGCAAACGAAGUGGGAGAGCCUCUCCGACAAAGGACCGCAAUAGAGAAUGCGUGCAAGGGAGAAUCGACGCCAGAAUCACUCCCAGAUCCACCAACAACACCACCGUCGAAACCCAAAAGACCAGAAAGAAGGCACGAGGAAGAACAACCACGAAGCCCAAACCCCCACAAAUGGAAACAAGAGCGACCCCAAACGCGAGCAGAAAGGUGAACAAAGGCCAUCGCAUAAAGCCCCCACCAAACCGAGCAAGCGACGAAAGACACUUCGGCAAGAAAGAGAUCCCUGCUCUCCACCCCAUGAAUCAGUAUCCUUGGCUAUUCAAGCCGUGACAUCUCCGAAUCACCCCCAUUUAUGGGUGAAACGUGUGGAGGUAGAUAGCAGAAACACGAAAGAAGAGAACAAACCGCCGACGGCGGCUCCCUCUGACACUCACAAGCAAGAACCGAACAGCUAGAGAGACCGACUUCAAGAUCUGAAAACAAAUCUGAAGUGUGGAAGAAGAAACAAUCUCCAAGGAGAAGUUCUUGGCAAAAUCCACGAAGGGAAAGUAGCAAUAGAGAACUGGAAACCCAUAGUAGGAUGGCAAAGACUAGAAAAGCGAGAAAAAUGGGGGUUGGGUCGCCGCCGGUCACCAAAAGUGUGAAAACCGGCGGCACCCCCAGAGGCGCAUGUGGAAGAAAAGGCUAGAGAGAGGACAGAGCUUUUGAAAAGAGGAAAGGUAGAGAGAAGCUAUUACCCUUUGCUUCAGCUGGAAUUUGAUACAGCAAUUUCUUCUGCAAUAUGGAUUACAUUAUUGUUGACAAUUGACUUUUACAUAAUUCUAGCUACAUGGCUUGCAUCUAGGAUCACUUCAAGUUACCAAAUCCAUUAACCUACUUAAUAACGAUAAACUACAUUCAUACGGUUACGGAAAUGUUCACGUAUACUAUAUUUUUUGCAACACACAAAAUUAAAAAUCAUGUAAGCACAAUCAAUUAUCACAGCCGACAUAAUAUAUCGUCUGUAGUUAAAGAAUUUUAUUCCCUUAUAGUACUCAAGAUUAUGGAAUAAUUCCAAACCAAGAUAGGAAUGAAGUAUCUUAUCAAGGGUAGCAGUACCUCAAACUCCGAAAAACAACCAACAAAGUGAAUCUACGAGUACCACAGGGACUCAAAUUUUCUUUUGCCAAGAAUGCAUAAAAAAUCAAUUUUUAGGUUUUGCCAGAUUUUCGGUAAGAACCACAAUUACUUGGAUUUUUUUGAAAUGCAUGGCGAUGGUCGAAGCCAGAGAUGGAAGAAGAGGGUAUCGUUGGAGGCGAUCCUUGAGAUAUAGAUGGAGAGAGAGAGAGAGUAUUGCUGCGGUUAGUCGGUUACAAAACUCUCUAAAUCUAACUUUGAUUUUUCUUUUUGGAGAAGGAGGUGGAAUAAGAGAUUUUUGGAGAUAAAGGUUCGAGGAAUAAGAUUAGUCGCUCUUAAUGGAGAAAAUAUUUUUUUUUGCCAAUCGAUUAGGCUUAAAAAGAGGACAUAUAAAGGUUGAGAAAUGAGCAUUCUAUCUUCAAAUUAAUUUAGCUGGUAAAUGAAAGCAUGACAUCACAUAAAUCGAAAGUGUUGCUGCUACCGACUCCAGUAAAACUUCAUUACCCGUUGCAGAUAAUACACGUUGUUUCCAAAUAUGGAGAACUGACAAUAACUUAUCUUCCAUAAAACGAAAAAUCUCAACUUUUGAUGGACCCAUCAGAGAAGGUAGUUCCAAAUAAUGAUCUUGAACACCAAAGGGGCCAACUCCCAGAAAAGAACUAAGUUCCUCUUGAUCAGGUUGCCUCAAAUUUGGACUAAAAAAUCCUGCCAAUUUCUGUAAGUUGACAAUGUAGAAGAUAAUAAUACAAAGAAAGAGGUGAAUUUGGAUUUUUACUGGGUGGGUUUACGAGCACAAAGCCCAGCCGCAGCGAAGCCGGCCCAUGUCAGGCAACCCAAUGGCCACAGCUGAUCGCAGAGGUAUUUGGAGGCUGGAAUGGUUUCUAAUCUACACAAUAAAUAAAAACCAAAUGAGAAAACUUGAAGCCUCAUUUCAAAUUUCUUGCAUCGAGAGUGAAAGUAGGAAUGACAUUUUGGUCUUCACAAUUACUUUUUUUAUUCAUUAAAAAGACACUUACUAGGAUUCGAACCAUGACCACUUUAAAAAAAAGCAAAGAUCAUAACCAAUCACACUAAGUACAUUUGUUGUAUCUUUUUAAAUUAAAAACAUAUAAUCGCAGAGAGGAAAAAACCCUUCCCCCAUUUCAAAAUCUCUGCUCCAGGAGCGUUUGUAGAAAGGGUAAAAUAGGGAGUGUCAAUUUUUUUCUUUUUCCUCUGUGGAAUGGACCAACUUACCGUACACAUGCGGAUUUAAACGGGUCCACGAUUGUAAAUUUUUUUCUUUAAGUCCUUUUAUUUCUCCGUGGUGGUAAAAUAUAUAUGAAAAGGCAAAAACAAUACUCCUUUUUAUUGCUAAAAAGAAAAAAAAAUUUAACAAUAAACUAAUACAUGGAUUCUAAUGGGUAACCGCUAAUCAUAAAAUAAAAGAGUUGAAUGGGCCUGACCUACACGGGAUUUGCCCAUCAAGUAAAACAAAUGAACAUCAUGGGUUUGUCAUUCUAAAACAAGCUAUUUUCUCUAGCAUAAUAUAUAUUAUGCUAUUAUUUUAUAUCUUAGUGGCUAAAAUAUAAUGUAUUUUAAAGUUAUUCAAUGUUCAACCUCGACCAACCCAAUUAGUCCAAUUUUUAUUAUUUCAAAUAUAUAUUAUGUAAUUAUUUGAUAUCUUAAUGAUUAAAUUAUAGUGUAUAUUAUUGGGAAUCGUUUGGUAUUUGUUAGUAAAAAAAACUAAACAGAAAGAUCUAAUUGGUUAUUUUUAACAUUAAAACGAUCUUAAACAUUUUCAGUUUUCUUUCGAAAUUAUAUAGUUUUAUUCCCGAAUCAGUGAUGUGCAAAUGGCGAAUUGCAGUCAUCUCUUUUCUUUCAUUAUUUUUAAUUUUCAAAUAGAAAGUUUAAAAGUAAAUAAUAAUUAGAGUUUGACAUGGGUCGGUCAAACAGGCUGAAUUUCAAGUUUUGGCCCGUUUUGAUCAAGUCUAAUUUAUAAUCACAUGGUUCUCUGAUACCCGAUAAAAAUCUCAAUCCAAACCAGUUUGGUAGGUGAGUCCGUGUUUAUCACCAUUUUCUAGGGAUACAGGAACGGUGGUUCCUAUCCCAAAUCGUCUUGUUCAUUCUUGAUUUCUUUAGAUUUUAUCAUGGCUUGGCAAAAAAUAAGAAAGCACAAUGAUGACAAGAUGAAAGUUUUUAUAAAACAAAUAAAUCGACCAACGGGCCGAGUAAAAGCUAGCAAAGAUUGUGAGAUGCUCAUUUCCCGAAAACCGGCGGGAUAGGCGAUAUUUUAUUCGAUUUUCUGGAAUUCGGUUUAUAUAAAACUUACUCCACCUCAUCAUAUUACCAGAAACAAUAUUGUUUCACAAAGUAACAGGUACUGCAUUUUAGUUCAUAAGGUUGAUUUUUGAUUCGUUGUAUCAUUCAUCUCUUUCCUACUAAAAUUCACUAUUUUUAUCACGUGUUUUAAAAAAAAUAUAUAUACAACAAUAAGCUACAUUAUCAAAUUCAUACCUCACCUUCUUCCGGCCAAAUGGCCGGGGCCCACGCUAGUUAGUAAGAAAAUUGGGAAGUUGUUAGAUUGGACAACAUCUAAUUUCUAGAAUAUGACUUUACAAUUUGUUGAUAUUAUUUGAAUCGGAUUAUUUGAUUACGACGAGAAGUCAUAGGGGGUUUUGCUGAAUGUUUUGAGUGGGUAAUCUGUCCUAAGGGGGCAUUGAAGAGGAUUCAAGUCAAUGUGGAGAUUUGUUGAUAUGACUUGAAUCGGACUAUUUGACCAGGACAUGAAGCCACAGGGGUUUGUGUGUAGGGCCUGGUUUGUAACCUUAUUUCUUUUACCAUAUUGAAUUAGGAUUAGACCACAUGGAGAAGUACUAUAAAUACUUCUCAUACUCUUUUAUAAUCUAUAUCUCCUCAAAGUAUUGUGAAACUGACUCUCUCAUUCCCGUGGAUGACUAAUUAACACACAUUAUGUUAGUUAACCACGUAAAAUCCGAGUGUGGUGUUUCGUUUGUUGCUUUCGUUUUUCUUGCUUUGUCGAUCCUCCGAUUUUCCGAUUCGUAGAAAUAGUCAGUGUCACGAUUCAUUCAUUGGACAGUCCUGCCUUCACCUAUAUCCAUACAUCUAUCACACGCCUUCGACAAGUAACCAAUCACCUCCUCAUGUCAACAACAAACCUUUGAUUGUCAGUUAAGACUUGUGAUUUUGUUCUCUUAUGUGGAAAGAUUGGCUGAUUAAUAAGAGUCUGGGAGGAUAAUUUUCUUAGCCACUAUUUGAAAAAUAAAGAUUAGGGAAAUCG